AUGCCAACAUUCCUCGAUUCCUCAAUCGACGACAGUGACUGGCCGACGGGAGAUGAUGUACUCUUCAUUAGAUGUUUCAAGGACGGACCACAGUCCGAGAUGCUUGGAGAGAUCAAAGAAAUCACGCGAGGAAAUGAAUUGGUUGGCAACUACUUGAAAAGUCGCCACAAGAAACAGAGCAAGUUGCUCCAGACUUGGGAAGCCACAUAUGUAACGGAACUUGAAGAAGACGAUCUCGUUCUGUUGCCUCGCCGCGCUGUCGCAUACGCUUUUCGGGAGCGCAAAUUCGUUAUGCUCGACGUCGAGGUAGUACACAACGUUCCGGCACCAAAGAAUGUCUUUGGAGACCUCAAGAUCGAUGAUGAGCACAAGCGCAUAGUGAAGUCUUUGGUGAAAGCACACUUCAGGAAGCAAAAUCUGCAGAAGGAUCAACCAAAUGCUGGCUUGAAUCAGGAUUUGAUUCGAGCCAAGGGCUCUGGCUUGUUCAUUCUUCUCCAUGGCGUUCCUGGCGUGGGCAAAACAGCCACGGCUGAGGCCGUUGCUCAAGCCAACAAGAAGCCCCUGUUUGUCAUCACAUGCGGUGAUCUUGGGUUUUCUCCGAAAGAAGUUGAUGAUUCUCUCAGAGAUAUCUUCCGUCUGGCCCAUCUCUGGGAUUGUGUGUUAUUGCUUGACGAGGCCGAUGUCUUCCUGACUAGGCGAGAACAUAACGACUUGCAGCGAAAUGCCCUCGUGUCCGUGUUCCUUCGGGUGCUCGAGUACUAUAGUGGCAUUCUCUUCUUAACCACGAAUCGGGUGGGAAUCCUAGACGAAGCUUUCAAAUCCCGCAUCCACGUCAGCCUGUAUUACCCGCCACUGAGCAAGGAGCAAACCCUAGCAAUCUUCGAGGUCAAUAUCCGAAAGCUUUAUGAUAUCGAAAAGGAGAAGCAAGAGCUUCAAAACGCCAAGGGCCCACAGGCUCCUAAGCGGCUCGAACUGAUAAUUGACGUCGACACCAUCAGGGAUUACGCGGAAUGGCACUAUGACAAUCAUGGGGCUCGCCAGCGCUGGAACGGGAGACAAAUCCGGAACGCUUUUCAGAUUGCCCACUCACUUGCGGACUUUGACCUCCAGAGGACUUCAUUGGAUGAUUGGGAAGACAACGAUGCCGAUAUUGAUGCGUAUGCCGAGAACAAGGGAGCUGACAGUGGGCAGCAGGCCGCAUCCACAUUAGACUUUCGGCAUUUCGAGAUUGUUGCCAAGGUCAUUGAGAAGUUCGAACGUUACCUCUUCCGUGCCAUGCAAGGCUAUACUGACAGUGAUCUCAAUCGAACAAAUAUGACUCGAGACGAUGAUCAUGAUCCUAAUAAGGGGGACCAAGGGCCCUCAUACCAUCCACUAUUCCAGAGGGCUCAACGUCAGGGUAAUCCAUCAAUGGCUCGUCGUCCCCGACAAGAAUUUGCCGGAUAUACAGCUGGUCCGGGGCAACUCCGAGACAGACGCCCGAGCCAACAACCGCGGCCUAGUUACAGGCCUCCACCGGAAUAUCAGCCUCCUGGUGCUCCACAGCAGGAGUCACAAUCACGACCGAAACAGAGACCAGCACCGCAAAGGACAGCACAAACGGAGAAUGAUCGCCUCCGUGCCCGUGGCUCUCCCUCCAAAGUAACCCCACGCUCCAAGCCAGCGCUGGACCGACGAGACGAUUCUGGGUAUUCGGCAUGGAGCACAACGACAGGUGGUCCAAGCCCUGCCGCUUUCUCCAACGAGGAAUAUCCCCUGAAUGAGGAUGAGGAGGUGGAGGGCGGACAUCAGGACUAUGUUGAAGAAGAUGAUCAAUACUAUGUCGACUGA